AUAAGCUGCACAUUCCCGCGCUGUUAAAUCGGUGCAACGAGACGCCACAUUCAGCACAAUGGACGAGCUUUAUCUGGACAACAUCGACGAAUAUGUCCACGACCAGGAUAAGAUAGUGACCUAUAAAUGGCUGAGUCUCACUCUGGGAGUCCAUGUCAACACAGCCAAACAAAUGCUCUACCAUUAUUUGGAUCACAAGAGGAAGGAAAGUUCAGCCCAGCUCCAUGCCACCUACCUCGUGUCGGGGAAGUUUGUGGACAAUGGACAAACGAGUCACAAGGUGUCAGUUGUCAAAGAGGAUCAGUUGGAAGAUUUCAAAUCCAAAAUGAGCUUGCUAGUCAGUGUCCAUGUCUACAGCAUCCAGAAAGCUCUCCUCAAAGACAGCGGCCCCCUCUACAGCGUUGACUAUGAUGCCGUGAAAGACAAUAUGCAGAACUGCAGCAGAUACAGUGCGAUCCGCUGUGCCAGUGCGGUGCCCAUGGAGCUGCAGGAGACGAGAGAAAUCCAGCGUUCUCCGACACCAGAGCCUGCAAACAAAAAACCUGCCAUGAAUGGAGAGGCCAAUCUGGCUUCAAAACCUUCCUCCAAGGCGCAGAAAGGCAUCAUGGGAAUGUUUGCAAAUAAGUCCGCUCCUAAGAACCAGGAUGGUGGCAAAGACGUCAAGUCGGAGCAGAAGGAGGAUGCACCUGUGGUCGAUGUCCCCAAAAGCAAACCUGAAACAAAAGCCAAUCCUAUGAUGAACUUCUUUGGGAGUCAAGCAGCAAAGAAAGCAGAAAAAACAGUGAAGAAGGAGGAGGAAGCAGCUCAGUCAUCAUCCUCAGCAGAGCAGCGACAUCAGACUUCACAGCCUGAAGAAAAGAAAGCUGCUGCUGCUGCAGUGGAGCUGCCUAAAGAAUCCAAGGAAGACUCCAGGAGCAAAACCAAGAGACUCAAGGAUUCUGACAGCGAAGAGGAGAAAAUGGACAAGAAAAAGAGACGAAGGAUAAAAAAGCCUGAACCAGACAGCAGCGAUGAAGAUGUCAUUCCAGAUUCUCCACAGCAGAUGGAAACAAGAGAAGCAUCACCAAGUCCAAAGAAGAAGGUGGAGCCUGUUCCUCAUUCACAUCAGGGGAACUUUGAAAUGAAGAUGAGAAAGAGAAGACGAGUCCUGAAAUCUCGGACGUUUUUAGAUGAUGAAGGAUGCAUCGUGACAGAGAAAGGCUAUGAGAGCGAAUCGUACUCUGAAACAGAAGACGACGUUCAGGCCGCUAAACAAGCUCCAAAACAUCCCGUCCCUGCAAAACUACCAUCAAGUACCAAACAGGACGAGAAGAAAAGUCAGAAGAAAACGUCUGCAAAUGCAAACAAAGGAUCCAAACAAGCUUCGAUUAUGGGAUUUUUCCAAAAGAAAUGAUGGAGGAAAGCGUCAGAUCCUCUUUAUUGGCACAGAGGAACCAAAAGCACUGCUGCAGACUUUCUGUAAUGAUCGAAACACACUGAGGACGGCAAAAUCCUCACAAGGACUUCAACUACAUGGACAUGUCCAAAUCAGGAUGACAACCAUUUUACUUUUCACCUUACCGUUACCAGAUGUCCUACUCAAUAAACAUUAAAUACUA